AAUGUGCGUGCAUGGGAAUUUGCCAUUGAGUUUUGUAAUUAUUACAAUAAAAAAGCCACUCCUCAACUCAACUGCUUCCUCCUCCUCUGCGCUCUUCCUGCCGAGGCCGGAGCCACCUUCUUCUCGGCCUCCCCCGGCGCUGUGCCUCCGCACCGUUUUUUCAUACCCCUCCCUCCCUCUCCUCUCCUCGCAGCUACGAUCGCGGAAACCCGGACAUCAGUUAAACACCCGAGCCUCAAAGCAUCAGCAUCUCUUUUUCAGAUAAUGAACAGAGGAGGAGGAGCAGCAUUAGGGAGUGGGAGUGGGCCCACUGCAGCUGCGACAGCAUCAGCUGCACAGAAGCAGAAGACCCUCUUGCAGAGAGUAGAAACUGACAUUGGAAAUAUCGUUGACAAUUUCAACCACCUCGUGAAUGUUGCUAGAGUGAAUGAUCCCCCAGUCAGAAAUUCACAGGAAGCUUUCAUGAUGGAAAUGCGUGCAUCAAGAAUGGUUCAAGCUGCUGAUUCGCUGCUCAAGUUGGUCUCGGAGUUGAAGCAAACAGCUAUUUUUUCAGGAUUUGCUUCUCUGAAUGACCAUGUCGAAGAGAGAAUAAAAGAGUUCGACCAACAAGUAGAAAAAUCAGAUCGUCUCUUGUCUAAAAUUGCAGAAGAGGCAGCUGCGAGUCUGAAGGAGCUCGAGUCCUGCUAUUACUCUUCUGCACAGAGGGCAAAUCAGAUACCGGAGCCAUGAACCAUGUCCGUGACUGGGUAACACUGAGAGGCGCAUCUUGCCUAUGUAGAGGUGAUAGAAUACAUUAGCAUGUAACUUCAGUUCUUCAUGAAAAUGUUUUUCGAGCUUUCCUCCUAUGUUUUCGAAGCUCUUGUCAAGGAUGAAUGAGAUAUGUGUUCCAUACUCGAAAACAGAUCAUGAUUCCACCAAUUAAUCAGAGAGGAUUUGAUCAGCA